AUGGAAAAACUAAUACCAACAAGCUUCAUCCUUGCUUGCAUUGCCUUGUUCAUAAACCCAACAACUUUAAAACCUUCUUCAGUAGAAGCGGCAUUAUCAAUCGGGAACGAAACUGACAGACUCGCAUUGCUUGCCUUUAAAGACAGAAUAACACAAGACCCACUCAAUCUCAUAACCCCAUGGAACAACUCCAUCCAUUACUGCAAAUGGAAGGGUGUUUCAUGCAGCACCCGGCAUCCUGGAAGAGUCACCGUCCUUAAUUUAGCAGCCAAGAAGUUGAUGGGAUCCUUACCUCCUCAGUUGGGAAACCUCAGCUUUCUCAGAGGGAUCAAUCUCGAAAACAACAGUUUUCAAGGCAUGAUACCUCAAGAGCUUGGUCGUUUGUCAAGGCUCAAACAUCUCAAUCUCAAUGCCAACGAAUUCCAAGGGCAGAUCCCAACCAACUUGUCCUAUUGUUCUGAUAUUCAAAUCAUCGGCUUGAAGCAAAACAAUCUAGUUGGAAAAAUCCCGGAGGAGCUGAGCUCUUUAUCAACAAAGAAACUCAAGGGAUUUUAUGUAGCCAGCAAUGAACUCACCGGAAGCAUCCCACACUGGUUAGGAAAUGCCUCUUCUCUGGUUCAAUUGUCCAUGUCAGUAAACUACUUCCAAGGAACCAUUCCAUCAGAACUAGGAAGGCUAUUGAAUUUGAAACUCUUUCAGAUUGGUUUAAACAAUUUAGUGGGGGAGGUUCCUCCUUCUAUCUACAAUAUCUCUUCGCUCCUUCUUUUAGGUCUCAGCUUCAAUCGAUUUUACGGCAAAUUCCCACAAGAUAUCGGCUUCACUCUUCCCAAUCUUCUUGGCCUCUAUGUCGGAGGAAACCAGUUCACCGGUCACCUGCCGGUUUCCAUAUCAAAUGCGUCGGGUCUACAAGAUUUUUUUGUUGCUGAAAAUAAUUUUACAGGAACCAUGCUUACAAAUCUCGGAAGCUUAAAAGAUCUAGUAGGGUUCACGGUAGCAAGAAAUCAACUAGAGACUGAUGAGGCAGAAGGGUUCAGCUUUCUAACUUCUUUAACUAACUGCAGCAACCUCCAGGGGCUGGACAUAGGAAUGAACAGGUUCAAAGGUGAAUUACCCACUUCAAUAGCUAAUUUUUCAAGUAGUCUACAACUGCUCAUUGUACAAUUUACCCAGAUAUCAGGGAGCAUACCUGAAGGAAUCACAAAUCUAAUCGGCCUUACACAAUUGGUGAUUUCUGCAAACUUGAUUACCGGUGAAAUUCCUGAGGGUAUAGGCAAACUUGAAAGACUGGAGGAUCUUCGCCUGUUUGAUAACAGAAUUUCAGGGUCAAUUCCUGAAACAAUUGGAAACAUCACAAAACUACGGCAAAUAUAUUUGUUCGGAAAUAACUUGAGUGGACACAUUCCUCCUAGUUUGGGAGAUUGUAAGCAACUCGAGCUACUAUUCCUGUCCGGCAACAACUUAACUGGUUUCAUACCAAAGGAAGUUGUAAGCCUUUCUUCUAUUAAUCUUGCUUUCUAUUUGGCCCGUAAUUCUCUGACCGGACCCUUGCCCAUGGAGGUUGGUAACAUGAGCAAUCUCGUAAAGCUGGAUGUAUCAAAUAACAGAUUGUCCGGAGAAAUUCCAAGUACUAUCUCCAAGUGUAUAAUGCUGGAGUCCCUCCGUUUGGGGGAUAACUUAUUCGGAGGGAGAAUUCCUCUGUCUUUGAGCGCUCUAAGGAGCCUUAAUUACCUCGAUCUUUCCAUAAACAAAUUGUCUGGUCAAAUUCCAGCCUACUUGCAGAAUUUCACUCUUCUACAAAGUCUCAAUCUAUCUUACAAUGAUCUCGAAGGUGAGGUACCACACGAAGGGGUUUUCAGAAAUGUAAGUGCCUUUUCAAUUGUUGAGAACAGAAAACUCUGCGGAGGCAUAGAGAUUUUGGGACUUCCUACUUGUGAAGUUCAAGUAAAACCAAAAAGAGGAACACCUAUUGCCAUCAAAAUAGCAAUUCCAGUGGCUCUCUUGUGUUCAGUUCUGUUAGUAUUUUUGUUGGGUUGUUUAUGCUGGAAGAAGAGAUCUGAGAGCAGCCCUUCGACCAUGUUUCCCGUGAAUGAAAGGUUUAGGCAGGUUUCCUAUGCAGAGAUUGUCCAAGCAACUAACCAGUUCUCAUCAUCUAACUUGAUUGGUGAGGGACGUUACGGUUCUGUCUAUAAAGGGGUUUUGGGUAACGAAGGAACGGUUGUGGCCGUGAAGGUUUUCAAACUUACAGAGAGAGGAGCUGCCAAGAGUUUUAUGGCUGAAUGCAAUACAUUGAGAAGUAUCCGACACCGGAAUCUCAUCAAGAUAAUCACUACAUGUUCAAGUAUUGAUUUUAAAGGGGUGGAUUUCAAGGCACUAAUUUUCGAGUUCAUGCCCAAUGGAAACCUUGAGGAGUGGCUGCACCAAUGUGAAGGUGAUCAGAAUGAACACCCUAGAAGUUUAAGUCUAACUCAUAGACUUAGUAUAGCAAUCGAUGUCGCAUCUGCACUGGAGUAUCUUCACCAUCAUUGUGGAGCAGUGAUUGUUCAUGGUGAUCUGAAGCCAAGUAAUAUUCUUAUUGACAGUGACAUGACUGCUCGUGUGGGCGAUUUUGGACUGGCAAGGUUUCUAUCUGAUAGCCUACUCACUAUUUCUCAACCUCAAACAAGCUCAAUUGGAAUAAGAGGAACAGUUGGCUACGUUGCUCCUGAGUAUGGCAUGGGAAGUAAGUCGUCGAUUCAGGGAGAUGUCUACAGCUUUGGAAUCCUCGUACUGGAGAUGUUCACAGGAAGGAGACCUACGGAUAUGAUAUUCGAGGAUGGUUGGAACCUCCAUCAGUUUACUAAGGCCGCACUUCCCCAAAGAGUGAUGGAGAUUGCUGAUCCUUCUCUGUUGUCAGAGCUUCCUAGUGUCGAUGAAAACAUAAUGACGGGAAAUGAAAAAAUAAAGGAGUGUUUGGUUGCAGUGCUAACAAUCGGAGCUUCAUGCUCAAUGGAAUCACCCAUGGAGCGAAUGGACAUGAGAGAUGUGGUAGCAGAAUUGUCUAGAAUUAGGACCAAAACUUUUCCCCAUUAGCAAACUGUUUGUAAUGAAAAAAUAAUUUUCUCCCUGUUGUUCUACGCAAAAGCAGGAGAGAAAACAGGUAGCCCUUUCCCUAUCCAUAACCCUUUCCAAGGUGUUUGAAGGUGGGGUUAAAUCCCGCGUCUCGGUGGCACAUU